UUCCUUUCCAUCCCUCCUUCCUUCCCUUUCUCCUUCCCUCUUUCCUCCUCCUGUUCCUUUAAGAGCAGAGCCUGGCCUUCCUCUUCUUCCUCCUCCUCUUCCUCCUUUGCUCCCAAUCCUUCUUCCUCUUCCCCUUCCUCUUCCUCUUUGGAGUGGCCAUGGCAGCAGCAGCGGAUUGGGGGUCUUCUUCCACCCAGGGCGUGGAGUGGCGCAUGGGCCCCCUCCUCCGGCCGGCCCCCUGCUUCCGGCCCCGCUGCGGAGGGGAGGAAGGGGAGGAGGACGGGGGGCCGCCACCCUCCUCCUCGCUGUGGACAGUGGUGGGUGCGCUGCAAGCGGUGGAGCGCAAGGUGGACCUGCAGGCGGGGCGACUGCUGGGACUGGAGCGGAGGGCCGGCUCGGCCGAGAAGAGGCUCUCGAGCUCGGAGAAGGCCCUAGCCGAGUGCGGGCACCACCUGGCCGCCCUGCGCACCCUGGCCCAGGAGUACGUGCUGCUCCGGCGGCGCAUGGAGAACAUGGAGAACCUGCUCAAGAAUCGAGACCUCUGGAUCCUGCGCCUCCCGCCCGGCGCCAAGACCGCUGACCCCAAGGUGACGUUUGACGAGGUCUCGGUCUACUUCUCCAAGCCGGAAUGGGACAAACUGGAGGAAUGGCAAAGGGAGCUCUACAAGAACGUCAUGAAGGGGAACUACGAAUCCCUGGUCUCCAUGGAUUACGCCAUUGCCAAGCCAGAGCUGUUGUCGCGCAUCGAACGCGGGGAGGAGUUGUGUGUCGAGGAUCGGGGUCCUAUGGAGGAAGAAGAGGCCGCCAGGGAAGUCAGCACCGAAUUCCCAGCAACUGUGAACGAAAACAUGGUCACAUUGAUCCAAAGGGAAAUUGUUCCUUCGAUGGUGGAAAAGUGGGAUGCGGCCGAAAGGAGAGCCAUGGCAGCCAACAACAACCCCGAGGACGCCCCUUUUUCCCGCUCGCCCCCGGAAGCGGAUACGGAGACCAGAGACGUGGUGAUUUAUAGCGCGCUGCCGGAGGAAGAGGAGGAGGAGGGUGAGGACUUGGUUGCGGGUCCGUCAGCGGAGGAGGAUUCCUCCCAACGGGGCCCCGACUUUGGCGACUUCACCACCAUCAUCGUCCAGGAAGGGGCACUGCCCGGCGAGGCCCCGUUCGUGUGCCCUGAGUGCGGGAAGAGCUUCCUUUACGAGGAGCAGCGGGCGCUCCACCGGCAGACUCACCCUAGAACCCCCGCUGAAGAGAGAUCCAUCCCGUCGGAGAUCCUGCCGCCUACGCCGAAGGUGUACCCGUGCCCGGAGUGCGAGCGCUGCUUCCCGCACCCGUCGAGCCUCAGCAAGCACCGCCUCUGGCACUCGGGGGAGCGGCCGCAUACCUGCGGCGAGUGCCAGAAAAGCUUCCGGCUGAAGAUCAACCUCCACUUGCACCAGCGCAGCCACGCCGCUUCCUCGUCCGUCGCCAAAGCCGGGUCGUACAUCUGCGGGGAGUGCGGCCGCGGGUUCAACCACCACUCCAACUUCCUGCGGCACCAGAUGAUCCACACGGGGGAGCGGCCCUACUCCUGCGGGGAGUGCGGGAAGACCUUCAUCCGCAAGGAGCACCUGGCCACGCACCGCCGGCUCCACACCGGAGAGCGGCCUUACCGCUGCUCCUUGUGCCAGAAGAGCUUCACCCGGAAGCAGCACCUGGUCGGACACCAGCGCCUCCAUGAGGCCGAAGGGCUUGUGCCGUGGGUCGGCAACGACCACAACAACCACGGAGAGGGACACCAACCCCACCAUCGCCAGGUCAAGGAUCACGGUCAGGGCAGCAUGGUGGGGACCUCCCUCGGUCCAGAGAGGUACCCCACGUAAAGGAGGUCGGCCAGAUCAGCACGGCAUGACCGGGACACAGACUGGCGUUUGGUUUGGAGGCGGAUGAAACAACAGUGACCAUUUUGGACUACGUGUCCCAGUGUCAAUCCGAUUCGAAGGAAGCGACUUCCCUAUCAAGUUGGCUUUCCUCACCUUUGGAAUGGGGAUUCUGGGAGUUGCAGUGUCGGCAACAGGAGGACACGUUUGGCAUCCUGGGCUAAGGAAGCCCAAGAACAAGGUAACCAUUUGUGUUUCGGACUUCACUUCCCAUCAUCCAGCUCAUUCUGGGGAUCCCAAUAAAGGCAGACCUUUGUGUUUUGGACUGCACUUCCCAUCAUCCUGCUAACUGAAAAUCCAAGAAAGGACCUAUCCCAAUAAAGGCAGACCUUUGUGUUUCGGACUGCAGUUUCCAUCAUCCAGCUAACUCUGGGAAUCCCAAUAAAGGCAGACCUUUGUGUUUUGGACUGCACAUCCCAUCAUCCAGGUAACUGGGAAUACCAGAAAGGACCAAUUCCAAUAAAGGCAGGCCAUUUGUUUCGGACUGCAGUUCCCAUCAUCCAGCUAACUCUGGGAAUCCCAAUAAAGGCAGGACUUUGUGUUUCGGACUGCAGUUUCCAUCAUCCAGGUAACCGGGAAUCCCAGAAAGGACAAAUCCCAAUAAAGGCAGACCUUUGCAUUUCAGACUGCACUUCCCAUCAUCCAGCUAACUCUGGGGAUCCCAAUAAAGGCAGGCCUUUGUGUUUCGGACAGCAGUUCCCAUCAUCCAGCUAACUCGGGGGAUCCCAAUAAAGGCAGGACUUUGUGUUUUGGAUUGCACAUCCCAUCCAGGUAACUGGGAAUCCCAGAAAGGACAAAUCCCAAUAAAGGCAGGAAUGUGUGUUUUGGACUGCACUUCCCAUCAUCCAGCUAACUCUGGGAAUCCCAAUAAAGGCAGGAAUGUGUGUUUUGGACUGCACUUCUCAUCAUCCAGCUAACUCUGGGAAUCCCAAUAAAGGCAGACCUUUUGUGUUUCAGACUGCACUUCCCAUCAUCCAGGUAACUGGGAAUCCCAGAAAGGACAAAUCCCAAUAAAAGCAGGCCUUGUGUUUUGCACUGCACUUCCCAUCAUCCAGCUAACUCGGGGGAUCCCAGAAAGAACCUCUCCUGAUAAAAGCAUACCUUUGUGUUUUGGACCACACUUCCCAUCAUCCAGCUAACUGGGAAUCCCAGAAAGAACCUAUCUCAAUAAGGGCAUACUUUUGUGUUUCAAACUGCGUUUCCCAGCAUCCCAUGUUGUUCUGGGAAUCCAAGGGAGGUGCUUCUGCAUCAAGGCAACUCUUUGUUGUCUUUCCCAUCAAGGCCCUAUUUGGACUACACAUCCCACACUUCCCAGCAUCCACCUAACUGGGAAUCCCAGAAAGGUGCUUCCAUGUCAAGGCAACCCCUUUGGGUAUCUUUCCCAUAAAUGCCUAGAUGUUUUUUGUACUACAUAUCCCAGCAUCCAUCUCAUUCUGGCCAUUCAAGGAAAGGAAGGAUCCCAUUUGGGUUUGGGACUACACGUCCCAGCAUCCAGAUAACUCUGGGAAUCCAAAGAAAGGAGCAUCCCUGUUGAGGCAACCAUCUUCGGGUCUUUUAUGGAUCUAAGGAGGUUUCAGAGUCAGGCUGGCCAUCUGUUGGGAGGGUUUUGAUGGUACCUUCCUGUCUAGUUAGAAGGGGGCUGGACUGGAUGGCCUUUGGGGGUCCCUCCAAACUCUAGGAUUCUAUGAAGUCAGUGCAAUGGCAGCAGCCUCUCAGUGUCGGACUACACAUCCCAGCAUCCUGCAGAUUCCUAUUAAUUAUCUCACGAAUAAUGACUCCUCUAUCAAGCCAGUCUUUGCUGGAGAUCCAUUUUUGUGACUUCUCUGUAUGUUUACUGAAAACACGGUUUAUAUAUAUACGUAUAUUUUUAUCUGUGUGUGUUAUCUCUGAAUGGUAAACGUGUCAGGACUUC